AUGGAAUCUAUAAUUUUGGGUAUCAAAUAACGUGAUCUUAAAUAUUUCGUUGACUCAAUUGACCUUUAAACAUUAAUCCCUUAUAAGAUUCAUACUGUUAAGAUCUUUUUUACAAAUUAAGGGAUAUUUGGGAUUCAAAAUUAUUAAUAUUCAUUUCGUUCUCAAUCUAUCAUAAAAUGUAAAGAACAUUGGUAUAAUUGUUAUUAUAUUAUAGAUCAUCAAAAAUGUUUGGAGUAAAUUAAUAAAAAUUAGUUUUAGAUAACAGUGAAUACAUACAUAAUUUAGUUGACAUGGUAUUAAAAUGAGAUUGGCAUAAAUCGAUUAGAUAUAUAGACGAAUAAAUAAUAAAUUUAAAUUAGAUAAAAGGAUGGAGAGAAGAAGGAAUUUAAAGUGGAAUAAAACUACUAAUUAGGUGCUAUAGGUGGAGGAUAUAAAUAUUAAUUAUAAUUUUUGGAAUGGCAAUUAAUUCCAUUGGUUGAGCAAUAAACCUAAUAUUAAUCAUAGUUAUAUCAAUUAUAUUUAUCUUAAAAUGAAAGUAAUUAAAAAAGCAGCAAGUUUGAAUAUGUUGGUAAGUAAUAUAGAGUGUGUGAUCCAUAAAUUAUACACUAACUAAUAAAUUUGUUUAAUUUCGUAUAGUAGAUAAUACAGUGCAAGAAGUCAUAAGAAGAUUUUAAGAUGUAUUUUCAUUAAGAUAAAUAUUGCAAUUAAAAUGGUAUAAUAAGCAGAAUAAUAAAAGUUUAGGCCUGGAGUGUAUAUACCAUAAUUGAUGAAUAAAUCAACUUUUGAAGAUUAUUCAAGUGAACACAUAGAGAAUAUUAGAAAGGCAAUUGAAUACUUUUUGAUAAAAUUAUCCAAGAUAACUUAUUUUGCAUAAACAGUAGAAUUCAAUGUUUUUAUAACAAAAACAAAUAAGGAUAGUAAUUAAGAAAUAGAUUAUGUAUAAAAUAAAUUGAAGGAGAUGACUCAAUUAACUAAUAUUGAAUAAAUUGAUUUAAGGUAUAAAUAGAAUUUUGAAGAAUUUGAAACUAAAGAAUCAGUGAAUGAAUAGUAAAGAUAAAAAUGUAAUGAUUUUUCACUUCUAAUGUCUAAAUUAGAAUAAAUAAAAGUUAACGAUUUUUAAGAUAUUAAAAAACUAUUUGAAUAACAUUCUAAAAAUGUUAAUUACCUCUCUUAAUAUAUUCUUCCAGAGUUGCAUUUGCUUCAUCUUAAUUUAUAAUCAGAGGAAGUUAUUUAAAGAAGGAAAUCAAAUUCUAUCGAUAGAGGAUUGUAAAUGUAAAUUGAUACAAUGAAUGAUGUUUAUGAUUAUUUUGUAACAGAAUAGAGGGAAGUUAGUGCUUUGUCUUAUUGCAUGAAUUAUAUUAAAGAUAUUGAAUAAUAGAAAAAUAAAUUAGAAUAGAAAAUUAUGAGUUAAAAACUUAAUUAAGAAGAAUUAAAUACUUCUAAAAUUCAAUUUCAAUCUGUUUCAUCAAUAUGGAGCAUUCUAGUAAAUUCAUAUGCAAAUUAUUAUAUUGAUAAGUAAAUAAAGUUUAUUAUUUAGUUAUUUUAAGGAAAGAUAUUAAUUAUAUCUCUUAAUGAUAAAUAGAUUAGCCUAAAUUUAAAUAAAUUAUUUGAAAUUAAGAUAAAAUUUUUGGCAGUCUAUUUGA